AGUUUUGUCAACUUUCUGUUGAGCACCAUCGUCAUUGUGUUAUGGUCCAUCUCUCGACAUCUAGCCAUAUCAUCAUCGAUAAAUAGAUCCUGGAGCAAAGAUGACAUCAAGUGGAGUUCCAAUUGUGCGAGUUGUGAUAAGACAUGGUGGUCAGUGGGUAGAUGGCAUUUACAAGGGUGGCGAGUCACGAAUGCUGGGGACUAUGAGUUAUUUGUCGUUUGCGGGCUUGAUGAAGCUGGUUGAAGAUGUUGUUGGGGUAAACUUAGAAAUUCACGAGAUUGAGUUACAUGCAUUGAUCAAUACACCCAGAGAGCUAUCGUGCCCAAUUAUCAAGGACGAUGAGGAUGUUGCAUUAAUUCGACUAGAACAGAGGAAUGUUCUAGUAGUGUAUGUCACCUUUAAGGAACACUAUACAAAUGUUAUGUCACAUGAAGAAUGUCACGACCCGGAACCACCUUCGAGUCCUUGACAACCGUUGCGAUUUCCCGAUAGGCACUCAUCUUUCGAGUACCCUAUCGAGACCUCGCAACGCUCUCGUAUCAGUUCCUCACCUACC